ACUGAGGGUCCACACCAUAGACUGUUUAUAUUAUUUACAAUAUGGUCCACACUAACACUCAUGACAUUUGGUCAUUUCUUUCCUUCGGUGUGUUAUAACGGGUCAGGUUUGUGGUGUCACCGUUUUAGCUGCACUUGUCUUCGGCACAGUUAACAGAGCACUUUACUCUGUUUUUUGUCGGUCUGUAAACUAUCCAAACUGUCUCUAAACUCCAGAAGUUGAGCGGCCUUUCUUGUCGACGAUGUUUUCUCCUGCUCUCUCCUGUUUUCUUCAGGGUCUCUAUCGCUUAUUUCAGCUGUGUUUUCAUUCCACUCCUAACAUCUGUAAGCCCGCCUACGUCCCUAUCUCUGCAACAUGAUUGGCUGUUCGUCGUCUUUUUCUUCUUCUCUUUAAUAUCGGGUAGCAACUAGUGUUGAAGGAGCUCCCGUUUCCCAGUGAUGGUGUAAUUACAUGUUUAAACCUAUUGAAAUUUUAUCUUACAUUUUUCAUAUUUAUAUUGACAAAAAUUAUAUCGCGAUAAUUAUCGUUAUCGUUUUAUCGCCCAGGCCUAGGUGCAGCAAAGCAACUGUUUAUUUACUCUUUACUGUAUGUGUGUUCUCCUCACAGGCUGGAACAUCUCCUCAUGCCUUCCCUCUCAGUACCACUAUGUAGCUGAGCCUAUGACUUGGACUGAAGCUCAGACCUACUGCAGAGAGACGUACACAGACCUUGCCACUGUUGAAAACAUUGAAGAAAUGGAUCAACUUCUCUCCACAGUUCCAUCUCUGCUUGAUGAACAUUUUGUCUGGAUCGGCCUGUACAGUAAAAUCGAGUGGAAAUGGUCAGACGGCUACACAGAGAGUGGGGCUGAUUAUAGGAACUGGCACUCUGCACAACCUGACUUUCACAGAGGUCAAUUCUGUGCUCUAAUUGACAAUAGUGGAACAUUGUGGGAUCACUUCUGCUCUCACAUACGUAAUUUUAUCUGUUACACAGGGACACAACAGGAUCCUGAGUUUGUCUUUGUCAAAGAAAGCAUGUCUUGGUCCGAUGCUCAGAAGCACUGCAGGGAGAACUUCAUAGACCUGGCCACUGUGAGGAACUUCAAUGACACUGAGAAGAUCCUGAGCAGGGUGCAAGAAGGAGGCUGGGUAUGGAUUGGUUUGUACAGAGAUCCUGACAUUAACUGGUCUAAUGGGAGUCCCUCCACAUACACAUACUGGAAAGACAUUCGAACUCCAUUAGGCUCCAUGAGCGUGGUUUGUGGAGCUGCGGAGAUGCCGACAUCAGGACAAUGGAUUUUGUCUGACUGCGAAACUAAACUCCCGUUCGUUUGCUACAGCCCUGCAUCAAAACAGCAGGUGAUAAAGCUCAGGAUGAAGCCAGAGGACUCCACUGUGGAUCUGAAUGACCCUGCUGUGAAAGCAGACAUACUGAAAAAGCUCCAGAACAGGCUGAAGGAGAAAGGACUGAGUGGAGUCACCCUGAAGUGGAAAGAGCAGCCUGAUGGGAAAGUUUUCCACAAGGAAGAAAAAUGUUCUCAGAAGAAAAACGAUGAAAACUUUAAGCUCUGCACAUGAAAUGUACCCGUGUUUAGCUGCACAGUAAUGUGUGUUAUCAAUGUUGGAUGAUGAUUCUAUCUGAGACAUGCAUUACAAUCAGUGACUAAGGCAUUCAGUGUGAUAAAUAAUUAUUUUAAAAGUGACUUUACAUUUUUUUAAAUUUGUGACCCCUUAAGUGACCCCUGAAAUGUUUUUGUUCCUGUUGCUGGGAAAUUAGCCCUUAUCAAUAUCAGCGUUAGUGUGUCAUUAAUUUGUAUUGCCAUGAAUAGAUAUACCUGCUUACAGUUACCAAUGGGGGAAAGGGGAUACAGGAUCGAUUAUAAUCUGGAUCUGUUAUAAUCUGUGUUCUUAAAAAACUGUGUAAUGUUAUAAGAUUUGUGUUUGUUUAGAAGACUGUUUACUUUAAAGUGAAUCUCUGGCUUGCAUGAGGAGGAGAGACGGUAAAUGAACAGCUGUUAGAUAGUACACUCAUCUUGACACAAUGCUCUGAUUUAUGUUGUGACAUUAAUGCUUUUUAGCUGACAUCUGUCUCUGGAAUUUGGGGAUGUUGUGUAAGAGGGAGGCACCAAGCAGGUAAACAUGAGGAGAGGCUUGUUGUCCAUGUGCCGGGACAUUAAAGGCACUUUUUAAGAUUUUGGUUGAAACUGUCUUUAGGUCCUGACAGAAAUUAAAAAUUAAUGUACUCUGAAAAAGGAACAAAGAAAAUCCGUCAUCAUCUCAUAUCGGUCGGCCCGUACUUUCUAUCAUUAUGCAGUAUAAUGAGGAGGGUAUUCAGGGU